CUGGAAUACAACUAUCAGAGAGCUUUGCAUUUAGCCUGUUGGAACAUUCGGCCCAGGAGAAUAAUGCAAUGUGCGGCCCUUCUCUCGCAAUAUACAUGGAUGUAAGUCCCCCGUACACGUACAACUGACCCAAAUAUCUCCAGCUGCGGCAAGGUGGACGUUGCGUCGAUCCAACAUAUAAUCAUCAGACAAUGACCGAGCCCCGGGACCCGCGUAAGAUUAUCUAGUCGCAUCGUUUCAACUCUGACCCCAACACCGGACCAGAGUUGACAACCAAUUUCUUUCAGCAUUCCAUAUCCCAGAUAGUAAUUUACCAGGAGAAAAAGUAUAAACUCAUGUAUGCAAGUGAGCAUCAACUCAAGCGUGCAAGCAGAGGAAGUCAUUCAGAAUGCGUCUCUUGCUCCUUCCAGCGCUGAUUGCCACCAGCGCAUACGCGAGGCAAACCGGCCCAACGGUGUCUUCUGUUGACCAUUUCCUACGAUCCGUAGAUGUCAACCCCUCCCUAAUCACCUCCGCGGACAAGACCGCCGGCGGAAUCGCAUUCACCUGCUCUGUCCUCGCUCACCACCACAGCAUCUGCCCCUCGGACCAAAGUCACGACAGCACGCAUUCUCCCAGCUCAUCUACCAAUUGUCCCUCGACAAACACAACCAGCAGCCAGUACCUCAUCACCCAAUUGGACCCCUCCUAUCUCAGCCAAGCGCACGCCCACUUCUCCGCAACAGCCUAUCGCGAUCCCGCCUGCAUCUACACCCCACCGACACCGGAAGCCGUCGCCGUCGCCAUCCGAACCGCAGUCUUCUCUUCGACCCCGUUCGCCAUCCGAUCCGGCGGCCACAGCUUCCAAACAGGCUGGGCAAACAUCGACAGCCAGCUCCUCAUAUCCCUCUCCGGAAUCAAGAACCUCGACUACGACGAGCCCACCCAGACACUCCGCGUGGGAUUCGGAAACAGAUGGCAAGACGUCUACGACUACCUCGCGCCGCACAACCGCCUCGUCAUCGGCGGCCGCCAGGGCACAGUCGGGAUGGCGCUGACCACCGGUGGCGGGCUAUCGCACUCCAGCAACGAGUACGGCUGGCCGUCGCAGAAUGUGCUCUCGUACACGCUUGUCCUUGCGAACGGGACCAUCGUCGACGCCAGCGCAACCUCGCAUCCGGACCUGUACUUCGCCGUAAAAGCCGGGGGCAACAAUUUCGGCGUCAUCACGCACAUUACCAUGCGGACUGUCCCCGCAGGCCCGGUCUGGGGCGGGACAAUUACCUAUUCCACGAACUAUUCUAGAGAGUUCAUGGCUGCGGUAGCCGAGUAUCAGGCCACAGGCCAGGUGGACGAUGUCAAGUCGGCGAUUCUGCCUUCUAUGGGGCUUAAUGCGGGGGUGAUUUCCUGUAUAGUGGCGCAUAUGGGCGGGACCGAGAGGCCGGAGGCGCUUAGGGCAUUUUUUGAUAUUCCGCCCGUAGAAAACGAUACGAGGGUUUAUGCAAGCUUUGCAGGGCUUGCGGCUUACGACGUGCCAGGGGCUCCAAGGUUUGUUGCUUCUGUCUUUGGGUGGGGGUUUAAUCUUGGUGACGCUAAGGUGAUUGCUGCAGAUGGAUAG